UUUGUAAGUAUGGCGUUUAGGAGGCAGCAUUUCCACAUUUUGUGUUCUGAUGCAUACUGUAAAUGUGUGUUAAUGAUAGUACAAUGAAUGGGUUGAAGUUAUCUCUUGUUUCCUUCAUCAUUUGGGGUUGCCUCUAUGAGUUAGUGAAUAAGUGUGAUGUUUGCCGUAUCUUACAUAAAUUCAUUGUUAUUAUUUAACAACGCGGUUAAAACCGCUCAAAUAGUCUUCAUUUCGUCCGGAGCUGCUUUAAACUGAAUUUAUACUAUUAGCUGCGAAACCGUUGCCAUGGAAAUUCUUCCACGUGAGUAGAUGUAGAGUGCUGCUGGAGCCAAGAAGACAAGAGGCAGAAGAUGCAUCAAGCUGUCGACCCUGGGAUUCAACACAAUGGUUGCGGCAACAACACGAUCUCUGCAUGGUACGGAAUCUCAGAAGGAUCCAGUGAUGAGGACGAUUACUACGUGCCUGUUGACUGUGAGGAUUGCAUGUGCUGCGUGUGUGGAGAGCACUUCCCCUUCCUGGAUCAGCUGAUGGAACACCUUAAGACACACAAAGGCCAGUUGUUUUGUCACCUAUGUAUGGCAAAUUUCGACCGGGCUGUUUCUCUGGCGUUACACCUAAAGAACGCACAUCCAAAGUACAACCUCUUUUGUACAGUCUGCCACGUUUCUUUUAAGAGCACGUGGCAUCUGAAUGAACAUCUGGAAAAGAAUUACCAGGAAGCAACAAAACAUGAGGAGAAAAUGAAUGCUAAGCCUUUAGUUAAGAUUGAAGAGACGGAAAAUGGUGUUGGUGAAAAGUUCGUAAUGGGCAAUAGUAGGGACAAUGUAUUUUUGCUUGAUCAUUCAUAUUGUGUUCCUGUACGUCAUACUGUGUCUAUGGAAUCCUUUGGAAAACGUAAAGUUAUUAAAGAACGACAACCCCGAAUCCACUCCCCCAGCACUUCAUGUUCCUCAUCUGGGCUGUGCUCCGAUGACGACCCAAGCUCUGAAUUUUCCUCAUCCACCUCACACCAAUUACAGCCGCACUUCGAUGAGGAAUACGUGAUACCUGGAGACGGUGAAAGUACUGAUUCCACUGAGGACGACGGUGACGCACUCGCACCCAAAGACACUGAAUAUUGCCCCGACGAGGACCGGAGCUCAGACUCGCAAUGUUCUACAGGUUCCAACGCUAUUGACUCGAAGAGUAACUCACGCAACCGUCAUCGAAAAACAGAGAUAAAGAAAGAAAUGAAUUCUGAAAUAAAAACAUCUUUUGCAAAUCACAGUGUGAAUCCUGAGUCAUCAACCUGUGGAGCAAAAAUGGAUUUUCAGACCAAUUCUCCUAAUAGCAAAGUUGCGAUUAAGGAGGAGAAUGUGAACGGUUGUGAGGAAAAGCCUUUCGUUUGUUGUAUGUGCAACGCUGCGUGUAUAAAUAAAGAUGUACUGCUCAAACACAUCGGCGAAAAACAUCCCACAGCAGUUUAUAUCUGUUCACGCUGCCUUGAUGCCUUCACUCAACAGAACACUUUCCAAAAACAUGUCUGUUGGAAGAGACCCACAAGCCAAAUGAACAUUUUGCUAGCCACCACAGUACCACAGUUACCUGUCUUGAAUUUAUCUCAUGCUGACAAUCGGAGAACAACCUCUGCCCCUGUGCCAGGCCCUAAAUCUGUUGAGAUCCAAAUGAUUCCUCAACUGCUUCCUCAGUCUUUGACACCUGCAGUAGCCCCACUGAAUUCAACCAAUUCUUCACAGAAAAUAACCUCAGUAAUCCCCACUGCGAUACCUGUUGGUCAGACUGUAACAACACCUCCACAAACAACUAUUCCAACGCAGACCAUGCUGGUGGGCAACGUUUCUCCUUCAGGCCCCGCUAAGUUGACUGAAUCACAUCCACAAGCGGUAACUGUACCGCAAACUCUUGUCAGGCCUCCUAGUGUUUCGGUUGCUUGCCCUAAUGUUCCUGCUUGUUCACCCCCUAUACAGUGUCCUUCGCCUCCCAACCAAACCAGGAUGACCCUUAGGAUUCCUACACCUUUCAAUCCAUCUCUGCAAACACAGAACAGAGUUAUUGUGUCUUUUUCACCCACUGUUAAUCUCUCAGCACCCAUUCUAGUAUCAGCCAAUAGUAAUAAGUCCAUACCCGCUCCAAGACAGACACUUGCAGGUAAUAUUAGACCUCUACAGUUAGUUGGACCUGUUCACUUACCCAGGAAUGUCAGACCUGUUCUGUUACCCGGGAAUGUCAGACCUGUUCAGUUAACCGGGAAUGUCAGGCAUGUUCAGUUACCCGGGAAUGUUAGGCCUGUUCAGUUAACCGGGAACCUCAGACCUGUUCAGUCAUCCGGGACUCUCAGACCUGUUCAGUCAUCCGGGACCCUCAGACCUGUUCAGUCAUCCGGGACCCUCAGACCUGUUCAGUCAUCCGGGACCCUCAGACCUGUUCAGUCAUCCGGGACCCUCAGACCUGUUCAGUCAUCCGGGACCCUCAGACCUGUUCAGUCAUCCGGGACCCUCAGACCUGUUCAGUCAUCCGGGAACCUCAGACCUGUUCAGUCAUCCGGGAACCUCAGACCUGUUCAGUCAUCCGGGAACCUCAGACCUGUUCAGUCAUCCGGGAACCUCAGACCUGUUCAGUCAUCCGGGAACCUCAGACCUGUUCAGUCAUCCGGGAACCUCAGACCUGUUCAGUUACCAGGGAACGUCAGACCUGUUCAGCUACCUGGGAAUGUGAGACCUGUUCAGGUACUCAGUAACGCCAGACCUCUUCAGUUUUCAGGAAAUGUCCAACCACUCCAGUUACCUGCAAACAUCAGACCAAUUCUGUUACCUGGAAUUGCCUCGGUGCCCUUAGCGUCCUGUCCCACCCUUGUAAGUGCCAUUCUCCGGAAAAACCCGGCUCACACAUCUCCUGCACAGGUUCAGUCUCCUACACCUGGCCUGCCUCAAACAGUGGGCAUGUUUGAGAACAAAAGCAGUGAUAUAGCUCUUCAGAAACGACUCAAGCAAACCUGGAGCUCUAAGCCCAUCUUCCCCUGUCGUCAUUGUGGUGCCGUCUCAAGGCAGCCGUCAUUGAGGGUACGUCAUCGAUACUUACACCGGGGCUCACGGUUAUAUAGAUGUCAGUGUGGGAGGUCAUUUCAACGGCAGAUACAUUUACUGAGGCACCAGGUACAGCACGCGGAAGCCGUCCGGUUUGUUUGUGCAUGCUGUGGAAGAACGUUCGACGGGGCAAAUAAAUUGACCCGGCACAAACAACAGUCACGGUUAAUACAUAGACAGUAUGCAAAGACAAAAUGCAUAGCAGCCUUUGAGUGUACCUGCGGCCGGGUGUUUACAAGACCCUCUGUUCUACUGUGGCAUGUGCUUAAAAAUACUAAACCCCAACAAAACACAAAAACCACAGUGCAUUAACGGAACCAG